AUGUUACGCCGAGGAGAUCGCCGACUUCUGCAGGAUUCAAAAGUCAUCCCUACAGACUGUGUCGCUGCCCUACACCAUCUGCUCGUUAUGGACUUGAAAAUCUCCCGUCCAAGGAAGAGACAUCCAAGAACUGAAACACAGCGCAUCAAAUGGUGGAAUCUGAAAGAUCGAAAGGAGGUAUUUUUUGCGUCCGUGGCUCCAUCUGCACUUCCCCACCCUACUCGUAGUGUGGAGGAAAUGUGGUCGUCUAUUUCCAGCGUUAUACGCUUGACCGCGGAGAACACUCUGGGAAAGACGACUCUAGGUAAGCCCAAAGUACAAAAAGCCACGUGGUUUUGGAACGAGGAAGUUCAGGCGGUAAUUCGUGAGAAGAAGUCCAAGUAUAAGCUCUGGUGGAGGACACGUCAGCCUGAAGAUCGGGAUGCUUACCUAGCGGCGAAGAGGGAGGCUAAGAAGGCAGUCUCCAAGGCGAAGUCGGACCGCUACAAGGCUGUGUACGACAUGCUUGAUACUAGAGAAGGCGAGCGGGCAGUGUAUCGUUUAGUCAGAGCGCGACAUCGCUCAACGUUGGAUAUGGAACACACCAAGAUCGUUAAGGGAGCUGAUGGAGCCGUCCUGCGCCGCCCUGGUCAGAUCCAGGAGAGGUGGCGAGAGUACUACAACCACUUGUGUAACGAAGAGUUCUGUCAUCCUCCGAUCCCAACUGUUCCCAGCGUCGAGGGUCCUGUUCUACCAAUUACUGCCGUCGAAGUCAGUGCUGCCCUCGCAAAAAUGAAGUCGAACAAGGCAACCGGUCCUGAUGACAUACCUGCUGAUGUCUGGAAGCUGCUAGGAGAUCGAGGGUCAAUGUGGCUCGCAACUCUAUUUAACAAGAUCGUUGCAGAAGGACGGACUCCAGAUGUUUGGAAAUCUUCCGUGACUGUGCCUGUCUGGAAAGGGAAAGGAGACAUUGCUGACUGCACUUGGUACAGGCCUAUAUGA